GCUCGAGACGUGCUCAAGUAAUUGACUUCGGAGGGUUCCGUAUCCAUUUUGGCUCAAGGCCUGUUGGCGUGAAUUUGUAGGAGGUAGGUUUAGACGGGAGGGAGACCCCGCGGACGGCUCCUUCGGCCGUUGCAUGUCGCACGAGAUGUGCGCACCCCCGCGGGCAGAAAGGAGACGCCCCCAACUGCUCUUCUUGCUCCUCGCACUUUUCGCUUCGCGCAUCCACUUGCCGCUGUCGUGUUUGUCGCGCGCCUUUGCUGUUGCUGUGCCGAGCCGCACCGCCAGGGCGGCUACAAGGCGCCUGGCGCAAAUUGGUGGCACGAUGGCCGGCACCAGCUUCGGAUAUUCUGGCCCUAGCAAGUUUUUACGAGAUCUGUGCGGCACCUACCUUGCCACCAACCCCGACGCGAAGCAGAGCUGGCAGACAUUCUGCAAGGCCCGAGACCUUCAGCCCCUCGCCCCCCUGGAUAAGCAGCCUCUAGAGGCGAUGAAAGCUUUCCUCGAGGAUCCCGCGCAGUAUAAGCAAAAGGAACUCCUCGAGUUCCUCGGCCUCGACACCGUCAACGUGCCCCUGAAGGGCGUGUAUGACAUCAAGGAAGACGACCCCAUUAUAAAGUCCGCUCUCGUUCGCGAGCUCACUCUCAAGCAAUUCCGGUGUCUCAUCGCGCAGGACCCUGAGAUGAACAGAAAAUGGAGUAAGUUUUGGGUAGCGAGACUUCAAGCGCUCGUUGGGGAAGACGAGGACGACGCCCGGCGGGAGAUGGCCAUGAAGAGCUCGUUCGAGAAAAGGAAGACGCCUGAGCCAGGCACGUGGGAUGCGAUGGUUCUGAGGGAGAGGUACUUCGAUGGGCGCUCCACUGUCGGGGAGUUCGAUAUCGAUGGCGGAAGGGAUGCGAUGCGGUAGGCCUCUCGCGCCGUCAUCUCUGAGCCGCCUUGCCAGUACAGCGGCGGGGCUUGUCAAGCUCGGAGCGCGGCUCUUGCGGAGCAUUUUUCUCGCCGGCGCUUGCCGCCCCAAUUAUUCUUACAGAAUGUGGAUGCAGAAUCGGCAGAGACGCACCACAAAAACAAGAAAUUGACUUCGGAGGGGACUCUGAGAUCAUCAAAACGGCCGUUGCGCUCGAGACAUCC